CAGGAACGAAUUUCAUAUACACCUCCAGAGAGCCCGGUGCCGAGUUACGCUUCCUCGACUCCACUUCAUGUUCCAGUGCCUCGAGCGCUUAGGAUGGAGGAAGACUCGAUCCGCCUGCCAGCGCACCUGCGCUUGCAGCCAAUCUACUGGAGCAGGGAUGACGUAGCCCAGUGGCUCAAGUGGGCUGAAAAUGAGUUUUCUUUAAGGCCAAUUGACAGCAACACAUUCGAAAUGAAUGGCAAAGCGCUCCUGCUGCUGACCAAAGAGGACUUCCGCUAUCGAUCUCCUCAUUCAGGUGAUGUGCUCUAUGAACUCCUUCAGCAUAUCCUGAAGCAGAGGAAACCUCGGAUUCUUUUCUCACCAUUCUUUCACCCUGGAAACUCUAUCCACACUCAGCCAGAGGUCCUACUGCAUCAGAACCACGAAGAAGAUAACUGUGUCCAGAGGACCCCCAGGCCAUCCGUGGAGAGCGUGCACCACAACCCUCCCACCAUUGAACUCUUGCACCGCCCUAGGUCACCCAUCACGACCAACCACCGGCCUUCUCCUGACCCCGAGCAGCGACCCCUUCGAUCCCCCCUGGACAACAUGAUCCGCCGCCUCUCCCCGGCCGAGAGGGCCCAGGGACCGAGGCUCCACCAGGAGAACAACCACCAGGAGUCCUACCCCUUGUCAGUGUCUCCCAUGGAGAAUAAUCACUGCCCGCCAUCCUCCGAGUCCCACCCGAAGCCCUCCAGCCCCCGGCAGGAGAGCACCCGAGUGAUCCAGCUGAUGCCCAGUCCCAUCAUGCACCCUUUGAUCCUGAACCCCCGGCACUCCGUGGAUUUCAAACAGUCCAGGCUUUCCGAGGAUGGGCUGCACAGGGAAGGGAAACCCAUCAACCUCUCUCAUCGGGAAGACCUGGCCUACAUGAACCACAUCAUGGUCUCCGUGUCCCCGCCUGAAGAACACGCGCUGCCCAUUGGGAGAAUAGCAGACUGUAGACUGCUUUGGGAUUACGUCUAUCAGUUGCUUUCUGACAGCCGGUACGAAAACUUCAUCCGAUGGGAGGACAAAGAAUCCAAAAUAUUCCGGAUAGUGGAUCCCAAUGGCCUGGCUCGACUGUGGGGAAACCAUAAGAACAGAACAAACAUGACCUAUGAGAAAAUGUCCAGAGCCCUGCGCCACUACUACAAACUAAACAUUAUCAGGAAGGAGCCAGGACAAAGGCUUUUGUUCAGGUUUAUGAAAACCCCAGAUGAAAUCAUGAGUGGCCGAACAGAUCGUCUGGAGCACCUUGAGUCCCAGGAGCUGGAUGAACAAAUAUACCAGGAGGACGAGUGCUGAAGGCAGCCACACGCCGCCUGGGUGGGCUGAGGUCGCGGGAGCCCCUGCCCACCAGGAUCACUGGAGGCUUGAUGAAGCUGGCGGGCUGAGGCCGGCUGGAAAGGAAGAGACCCAGCGAUGGCAGGAACACUUCUCUUGCAGACCAAGAGGGACCCCAGAGCACCUUAGACAAACCACCCGGCAAAGGCGGGGCUGGAAUUCUGGCGGAGGGCACAGAGCCUGGGACUCACGAGUCACAUUUCCUUCUUUGGAAUCUGUCCACCUGUAAUUCCUCACCCUCACCCUUCCACCUGUUGUUAGUCUCAUGGUGUUUUUGUUUUUGUUUUUUUAAGAACCUGCAGUUUGACUUUUCAUCGUUCAUAUAAGGGAAGACAUCGGAGGUUGUUUUCCUAUGGAAAUAUAUAUCUAUUAUAUAUAUAUAUUUUUUGCAAAUCUCACAAAGUACAGCCAGCCCAGCUGGUCAGGAAAGAAUACUUGCAGAAGGGAUCAGGUUCCUCUUUUUCCUGCCACGUGGAUCAGGUUUGUUUCUGUUGCAGUUGGGUCUUGGCUGAAAAAAAAGAAAAAAGAAAAAAAAAAAGAUGCUUUUAAAAAAUGAUCACACGAGAAGGAGAGCUCUCUUUUUCAUUCUUGCUCACCUUCCUUUCCUGGCUCCCCUGUGUCCCGCCCCCCAACCCCUCCUCCGCCUGCUGUUGCACUUCACAUGCCUUUCAGCCGAGUUCAGUCUCCUGCAGAAUCUUGGGGAUUCUUGGCACCUAAAUAGAAUCAGUGACCUGGGUGCUUUGUGUCCAGCAGCCAAAAUUAGACCCCUAUGCCAGCAUCUGGCCACCCAGCUGAGGGAGGCCAGAACCCUCACAGAUGCUGCUGUACUCCAGAAAGAUAAGUGCUAUUCCAGCAGGCCGUCCCUGAGAGUCCCUGAGAUGACGGUGAGAACCAACCAGCUACAGCGUCAGAUAAGGCAAGUUGUUAGGAAGGCCCCCGGCUGCUUGGGAUUAGCUUGCAAGUGCUGCAAAUACAAAAAGACCACACAGGCCUGGCAGUCCAGAGACUGGGCAAAAAUUAUUUCUACAGGGGAGAUUUGUUUUGUGAAACAGGUUAUUGAGAAAAAAAAAAAGCUCCUCUCUGCUCCAUUCCAGGGGCCAUCUUGUGGUCAGUUUCCCACAGCACCUGAUCUCCCCACCGCCCCCCUACUUCCUAGCCUUUUUAAAGUUUCCUGGUCCCCACUGAACACAGAACAUUUGUGAGGGGAGUACUCCAGAAUGGAGUCCCAGAUGCAGCCAGGGUCUGCCCAGCGUGGGCAGAAAGCAAGUUCCUCAGAUCCAUUACUUUCUCCUUCUUCCUUCACCGUUGUAUUUCAGAACGGAUCCAUUCCUGGCUCUUUUUCACCUCUCAAAAUAAGGUUGGUAGUCUCUUACAGAAGGAGGGUCGUGCCAUCUUAGUACUUCUGUUGAUAACAGAUUUUAGAUUUUUUUUUUUUCCUUUUCUAGCCAUCCACAUUAACUCUUCCAUUAUAGAUUCGAAUAUCCAAUUUUGGGAAUACCGUCUUUUUUAAUUCAGAAAAUUAGACCUGCCUUGAAAAGCACCCCCUCCCCAUUCCUCCCUGUUUCCUUGGCUCCUCCAUCGGGUUAGCGUCUCUCAGCUCUCUGAGGUACUUAUAUGCUCCACCAGCAGCAGUUCCCUGUGAAGCUGGCAGGCCCCAGGCUUGUCCUCCUGCCAUUUCUGAGUUGAGUUGGGGGCACACAAGCAAGAGGAAUUCCCCCUGGGCCUUCCUGAAAAGGAUUCCAGCCUGGGGUGGGGGUCAAAUAGAUGAACUAUGGUUCACAGACACUGGAAUUGAGGAGCCGAUCUGGGCUCAUUAGUCUCGCUCUGUCCCUGCCUCUUACCGGACCACAGGUGGCGGCCAGCCUCCUCUUACUGUCACUUCCUUCCCCCAUUCUGCCUUCUGUGUGAGCCUAGAGGGCCUCAUUGGGAAGGGUUCAGUCUCAAUCUGCUGGAAGGGUGGUGUGAUUCUGCUGGAUUCCAGCAGCUGUGGAUGUCUUUCAAGAGUGUUCAGGUAAUACAUUUUUCAGCCUCUAAGAUGACUGGUACUAUAUCUCAAAUGGAGAGAUUAAGCCAAAUACCUGGUGUGAUCUGAAAGUCACCAAGUUUCAGAACUGGAGAGAAAGAUGGACUUUUUACCGAGGUUCUUGUAGGAAUAUGAAAACACACCAGGGCAUGAUGUUCCUCUUCCCUGAGAUGAGAACAUCUCAUUCUGGCCACUUGACCCAAGUUUCUGAACUCAGUCUCUUACCAUUCCAAGUCUUACAGAUGAAAAAUGGAGGGAAAUGCCUUUUUGCCCCCAAGGAUUUCUGUAUUCAAAGCAAUACCUUAUAAAUAAGUAAGACUUAGGAUGACUUCUCCAGCCACUUGAAGUAGAGAUGCUAAUUCCAAUAUAAUCUUAAUUUCCCAUUCCAACAUUGCCAAUAAUGAUUUUUCUCUUGAUUCCCUUCACUGCAAAAGUCCUUGUUCUUUGAGAGAAGAGCUGGACAGUCCGAUACCAGAGCUACAGUAUUGACUUACUGCAGACCCUGAAGAUUUCACAUUCAAUUGAUCAAACCUCAGGGAAUCGCCUAACAGACAUUGUGAGGGAUUCAAAGAUGAACCAGGCACAAUCCCUCCCCCUGAGAGUUUAGAUUCUACCUACAGGAUCGUCCAGCAUGAAAUUUCUCAGUUCCACACUAAGGACUAGCAGUGAU